CAUCACUCCCUAAAUUUUGUCCGCCCCAGUGCGCCCCAGUGCAAGACCACGAUUCGAGCCGAUAAGAUCAAAGCCACAAGGAAUAUGGGUGGUUGUUUUCUCUGCAGAAUCCGUCACAAAGUAUUUUUUAUCCUAUUUUUAUUGCUAAUAAUUCCGUGUCUGUCGCUUAUGUCUUGCCUCCUCUUCAGCCAUGCAAUCAACCCCCGUUGGACGAGGAUUGCUGCACCUGCAAACGGCUCCGACUUUUUUGUCCGAGGGGCUACAGGGAGGACAUGCUACCCUGGCUCGCCGGCGAUCACGCCGAAAGGACGGUAAUGCGUUUUAUUAAAGAUUGGACUAAACGGAGAAUGUAUCGGCGCAACACCGGGCAGCCGCCGCCUGACCUGCAAUGGUUGUUUUUGAAAAUGGAACAUGCCUUCUUGCAAAGAGGCCAACCAGCACAACGGGGAGAUCGAGUAGUUUCUCGUUCUGGUAGCGACCGCAUUUGCUGGCCAGAGUCGGGCCUCCACCCCUUUGCGGACAUUUGCAGAAGUAGCAACAGUAAUUACACGGCUCAAAGAGAAAAUGAAUACUCGAGCAUGCAAUCUGAUUCAAGCGUUCCCGACGUUUCGAGGGUAACUUAUACUUCACCAAAGCCCCUUGAUUCGGACGUCCCUGUUUUUUUAGGCAAAUUCCACCGCUCCAGGCAGCGUCUGACGGAGGAUUACAUACGAGUACAGGAUGAUGGAACGGCAUUCCCUCCUUACGACGUCAGGCCGUUCGAUCCACAUCCCAUCACAUACGACGACUCUCGAUUCUCAUUUGAGUCAAACGUAGCAUCCCUUCCUCAUCCUGUAAUCCCUGGCACCUCUGUCCAAAAGCCCCAUCACGUUCGAGACCAUGCGCCUGCGUUGGUAUGGCCAUUAGGUGCCGUGCUCAUCCCAGGGCCUAUCGCUCUUAAUCCAGAGCUCAUGAUAGAGUUGAACCAGCCAUCCCUCCCAGUCAUCCCGACCCGCUUCCCCGCCCGUCACCACUUCCCUGCGUCAGGUCACGUCAAUACUUACUUUGAUUGCUCUCGGGGUCGGCCAGGACUUUCCAGAGAAAAUCGACUUAACCCUGAACCCUCGAACAAAGCCGCCGCUGAUGACAUCCCUGGCCACUAUCUAUAAGCAGGGCUCCUUUUAAAUCGCGGGCAGCAAGGGCAUGAAGCUACGGGGGACUCUGCUGUUGGCGAUCCCUCUCGCUUGGCGCCUUGGUUCUGUAGUUCCACCAUUGCCAUCCCCCUACCCUUUACUUGCGCAUAAGUUUUGUACAGGACAAACCUAUCUAUCAGAUCCCCAUUUCUACUCCGUAUCCCAAAAGCUACUCGCCAAAGGAACCCAGGAUUCCGGGCGCUGGCACAUCCGACUCGGUCGCGGCUCUUGUGGCACACCCGCGAUGCACGCC